GGGCCGGACUACAAGCCCCGUCAUGCAGUCGGGGCGGGCGGGUGGGAGCGUCGCAGUGCGCCUGCGCCGCCAGACGUGGCAGCAGCCCGCAGCGGCGGCAGCGGGUCCGGCUCGGCGGUGGAGAUGGCUGUGCCGGGGCAGGUCGCGGGGGCUUCGCGGCGCCGCGGGCGGUUCCCGCUGCUGCUGCUAGGUCUGGCGACUGCCUGGCCAGCAGGGCUCAGUGGUGGGACUCUUGCCUGUGUGAUGGGACAGCUUGUUCACUCUAAGCCUGUAUGGCCUAUUGUGCUUUUAUAUUUCGUGUUACAGGCGUUCCUGCCAGCAUUUGUGUGCUCCUUGAAGGUGUCUCCACUCAUAGAAAAAAUAAGUGACCAUAAGGAUUUUAAGAAGCUUCUCAGGACACGGAAUAACAUACUAGUGCUGUAUUCCAAAUCUGCUGCUGCUGCAGAAAGCUCACUCAGGUUGCUUUCCAGCGUGGCCCAAGAGGUGAAAGGACGAGGUACUAUAAGCUGGAUAGACUGUGGUGAUACGGAAAGCCGAAAAUUGUGCAAGAAGAUGAAAGUAGAUCCUAAUUCAAAGGAAAAAGGAGUGGAAUUACUACAUUAUAAGGACGGUGCAUUUCAUACUGAAUAUAACAGAGCAGUCACACUGAAGUCUAUGGUGGCCUUUCUCAAGGAUCCAGAAGGUGCUCCACUGUGGGAGGAGGAUCCGGAAGCCAAAGAUGUUGUGCAUAUCGACAGUGAAAAGGAACUGAAACGGCUUCUGAAGAAGGAAGACAAACCCCUUCUGAUGAUGUUCUAUGCUCCAUGGUGUGGUGUUUGUAAGAGAAUGAUGCCAUCUUAUCAACAGGCAGCCACAGAACUGAAGGGUAAAUAUGUUCUUGCAGGGAUGAAUGUUUACUCUGCUGAAUUUGAAAGGAUAAAAGAAGAAUACAACGUCCGAGGAUAUCCUACAAUCUGCUAUUUUGAGAAAGGGAAGUUCCUCUUCCACUUUGAGAAUUACGGUGCUACUGCAGCAGAAAUAGGAGAGUGGCUGAAAAACCCACAGGCACCUCAACCACAGGCUCCAGAGACUCCCUGGGCAGAUGAAGACAACGUAGUUUAUCACCUGACUGAUGAGGACUUUGACAAGUUUAUAAAAGAUCAUUCAUCUGUGCUAGUGAUGUUCCAUGCACCAUGGUGUGGGCACUGUAAGAAAAUGAAGCCAGAAUAUGAGAAGGCUGCAGAGUUUCUCCAUGCAGCCGGUGAUAGUCCAGGUGUCCUUGCAGCAGUGGAUGCUACCAUCAACAAGGCACUGGCAGAAAGAUAUCACAUCUCGGGUUUUCCUACUUUGAAGUAUUUCAAGGAUGGAGAGGAGAAAUAUACUCUGCCACAUCUCAGAACAAAGAAGAAGAUCAUCGACUGGCUGCUAAAUCCUGAAGCACCACCUCCACCUGAGCCUGCAUGGGAAGAAAAACAGACAAGUGUUGUCCACCUUGCUGGAGAAGACUUCAGGGAGUCUUUGAAGAAGAAGAAGCAUACCCUUGUCAUGUUCUAUGCACCAUGGUGUCCCCACUGUAAAAAUGCCAUCCCACAUUUUACAACUGCUGCUGAAGUCUUUAAAGAAGAUCGGAAGAUCGCCUACGCUGCAGUGGACUGCGCCAAAGAACAGAAUCAUGACCUGUGUAAGCAGGAGGGGGUUGAUGGCUACCCCACCUUCAACUACUACAACUAUGGGAAAUUUGUGGAGAAAUAUACUGGAGAAAGAGGGGAGUCUGGAUUCACCGCUUUCAUGCGAACCCUGAGAGAAAGAGACCAUGAAAGAGUAGGAAAGAAAAAGGAUGAACUGUAGUUUCUGCCUCAAAAGAAGCUUUCCGCUGCACUGUGAACGGUUCCAGGUCUUUUGUUAAUGCACCUGAGACUUCACAUAUUCUCAAGACAGAGACUUUUUUUUUUUUAUAAACAGCCAUGGCCAUUUUGUACAAUUUUGAAAUAAAGUGAAACCACUUGAUUUUUAAAAGGAAAAUAAAUUAGAAUGUUGCCAUAAUGUUUUGAAGAAAACCUAGCAUUUUCUCUCAUGUUGUGAGACGAUGCCCACUGACACUCCUAUGCAAUAUUUUUGUAGUCCGUAGUGUGUCUGUAGGUGAUGUUGUUUAAUAGAGUGAUUUCCUUCCUCUUUUUUUUUUAAGUAUUGCAGUACCUGUGAAAAACAGUGGGGAGGGGACACUGGGUUUUGUUUGAUUGUCUUGGCUGCUUGGGUGGGUUGGUUGGUGUAUCAUUGUGGUUUGGUUUGUCUUAAUCGGUGAAGGAAAAUGGGAAACUUGUAAGACACAGACUUACCCAACUGCAGUUUUGCAUUCUUGUGAACUAGUUACAUGUUCUUCAGUGAGAUCUGGGGGAACAAUUUUAAGGUGCUCAGGGAUAAAUAAGGUAUCUGAGUCAAUGAAGACAUUCAUAUUGACCAGUCCAGAUCUGUUGAUUUCAUUUUAUUUCUCUGGUGUUUAAAUCAGGAUUGUUUACAUAACUUUAUAGAAUGUACCGAGUUAGUUAAGCCAAGUAUUGAACAUUAAGGACAACAUAGGUAAAAUUCAAACUAAACUCCUUUUCUGUCAAAUACAUCUGCAACUGAUAGCAGGAGUGAUUAUCUUACAGGGAUAUGCAGUUACCCUUUUGAGGUGUACAUUCUCCCUUCCUGUUUUGAUUGGGCCACAUCAAAUGUGUUGGAAAGUGUUAGUUCAACUGUUUUGAUAAAUGCACAAUACUUUUGAUAAUGCAGUAAUUAUGUGUAUUAAUGUGUUUAUGGUCCAGAGGUUUUAUCUGCAUUUGUAUGUGGGAGUUUUCCUUUUUGGUCUUUAAGGAGUUGCAUAAACAAUCUCUCUCUGGCGAAAUCACUGUAAAACCUGUAUUGCCAACAGCUGAAAUGCGUUUCACUCUUGAUACUUAAAAGAGACAUUGAUCUGGAGGUACUGUGUCUUCACAGGAGGGGAGAGGGAGGGGCAGGAAGUUGUGAUUCACUUUGAGCUAAAAAUAAAUUUUAAAAAAGACAAGUAUUUUUAUCA